UGCCACCGCCGCUCUGCCGUCCCAGCUGCCGAGGACACUCCACAACAGUGCGUGGGCUGGCACUGGUGGCCCGGAAUCUUGCCAUAAUCUGGGUGUGAGGAACAGUGAAUCAUCACACUCCGUUCGGUGGAGGCAUGAGGACUUGGGCGGGAAGCAUGUGGGGUGUCCUGCGAGGUUGGAGAAGAGGGUGUCUGGGCGCAUGGAGCACCCUGGGGCGGCAGCAGCCCCCCAGCGUCCGCGCCCUGGCCAGCGCGGGCUCCGGGCCCCGGGACGAGUACAGUCACGUGGUGGUGGGGGCGGGCUCGGCGGGCUGCGUGCUGGCCGGGCGGCUCACCGAGGAUGCGGACCGGCGUGUGCUGCUGCUGGAGGCGGGGCCCAAGGACACGCUCGCUGGCAGCAAGCGGCUCUCCUGGAAGAUCCACAUGCCCGCAGCCCUUGUGGCCAACCUGUGCGAUGACAGGUACAACUGGUGCUACCACACGGAGCCGCAGCCAGGCCUCGACGGCCGCGUGCUGUACUGGCCGCGCGGCCGCGUCUGGGGCGGCUCGUCGUCGCUCAACGCCAUGGUCUACAUCCGCGGGCACGCAGAGGACUACAACCGCUGGCAGCGGGAAGGCGCGGCCGGCUGGGACUACGAGCACUGCCUGCCCUACUUCCGCAAGGCGCAGAGCCACGAACUGGGCGCCGACAGGUACCGCGGCGGCGAAGGGCCGCUGCACGUGUCCCGGGGCAAGACCAACCACGUGCUGCACCGCGCCUUCCUGGAGGCGGCGCAGCAGGCUGGCUACCCCCUCACUGAGGACAUGAACGGUUUCCAGCAAGAAGGCUUCGGAUGGAUGGACAUGACCAUCCACCAAGGCCAGCGCUGGAGCACAGCCUGUGCAUAUCUGCACCCAGCACUGAGCCGCCCCAACCUCACCGCAGAGGCCCAGGCGUUUGUGAGCAGGGUACUGUUUGAAGGCACCCGUGCAGUGGGUGUGGAGUACAUCAAGAACGGCCAGAGCCACCGGGCUUACGCCAGCAAGGAGGUGAUUCUGAGCGGGGGCGCCAUCAACUCUCCGCAGCUGCUCAUGCUCUCCGGUGUCGGCAACGCAGACGACCUCAGGAAACUGGGCAUCCCGGUGGUGUGCCACCUUCCCGGAGUUGGCCAGAACCUGCAAGACCACCUGGAGAUAUACAUCCAGCAGGCAUGCACCCUCCCCAUCACCCUCCAUUCAGCCCAGAAGCCCCUGAGGAAGGUCCGGAUUGGUCUGGAGUGGCUCUGGAAGUUCACAGGGGAUGGAGCCACAGCCCAUCUGGAAACAGGUGGGUUCAUCCGGAGCCAGCCUGGGGUCCCUCACCCGGACAUCCAGUUCCAUUUCCUGCCAUCCCAAGUGAUCGACCACGGGCGGGUCCCCACCCAGCAGGAAGCUUACCAGGUACAUGUGGGGACCAUGCGGGGCACGAGUGUGGGCUGGCUCAAACUGAGAAGUGCCAACCCCCGGGACCACCCUGUGGUUCAGCCCAACUACUUGUCAACAGAAACUGACAUUAAGGACUUCCGACAGUGUGUGAAGCUGACCAGAGAAAUUUUUGCCCAGAAAGCCCUGGAACCAUUCCGGGGAAGAGAGCUCCAGCCAGGAAGCCACGUGCAGUCAGAUAAAGAGAUAGACGCCUUUGUGCGGGCGAAAGCGGACAGCGCCUACCACCCCUCGUGCACCUGUAAGAUGGGCCAGCCCUCUGACCCCACCGCCGUGGUGGACCCACAGACCAGGGUGCUUGGAGUGGAAAACCUCAGGGUGGUCGACGCCUCCAUCAUGCCCACUGUGGUCAGCGGCAACCUUAACGCCCCCACCAUCAUGAUCGCAGAGAAAGCAGCCGACAUCAUCCGGGGGAGGCCUGCACUCCGGGACAAGGACGUCCCCGUCUACAAGCCCAGGAGCCUGGCCACCCAGCGCUGAGGCAGUCACUGCCUGAGAAGCCUCCUGACAGGCCAAGAGGGUCAGCACAGUCCCUGCCCUCAGUGCCCUUGCCUGAAACUGUCUAGAAUGUUAGGAUUCAAUGCUGAGAAUGGGUAAUCUCUUAGGGUGGGAGACCAGUAUCAGGGCAGUGAAGCAGGGUUCUUUUCCCCAGCAUUUUCCUGUGGGCCCCUCCCCCUGCCUCCUGAAGGGACAGCAGAGGGGACCAGGGGUCAGGCCAGUGGAGGAGGGUGGCUAACUCCUGCCAUGGCCUUGUCUUAAUAGUCCAGGACCUGGUUGGACUUGAGGGACAGGGUUCUCUCCCAGGCCCCCCUCUUAAUUAAGGCAAGCUACUCCAAGAGUAGGGUGCUGUGCCCAGAGGCUGGGUGCUGGCUAGACCACACCGGGUCCUUGGGGUGGGGGGCACCCCCGGCUCAGGCUUCAUGCAAGCUGCCUGCCGGGACGAACACAGGCUUCCCUUGCACUUCCCGAUGCCACUCCCUGUUGGGUCACUCUGAGGGCCCACCUCUCCAGUGCUCUGGGUCUUACUAAACACAGCCCGAUGGGAAGACUUCUGGACCUUGUUCAAAAGAAGCUUCUGGAGAGUCUCUUUGCUACCAUAGGUUUCGUGAUUUAGCAUUUUAAAAGAUUUUCCCAUUACCAGGGAAACCUAAAAACCCAGAGCAGACCCCACAGACCAGACUGCUGCUCCACACCAAAGCAGCCAGCCCAAGAGGACCGUGUCCUUCAGCCUGGGGACGUGACUCAUAGCGGACAAGGCCGGCCAAUUCGUAUUCCGCAGACAUCCACAGGAACGGACUGGAUGGAGCCGAGGCAGACAGAAAAAGCUGUCAAGUUACACUAGGUACCUGAUCUUGUAAAAGUGCAAUUGAGUGAAAGAAAAAAUCAGUUGGCAAAGAUUUGAGUUUCCGGAGGAGGGGAAAGAAACAGAUACAAGCAGCAUUUAAAACAGCUCAUUGAUCUUUAAAAGUCUAUAAUCCGAUAAUGUAAUCUAGUAACUUCUUUUUGAAGGGAGAUGUCUUAGCCAGACUGUUCUCACAGGGUAAUGAAAAUUAAAUGCUAUUUGGAUGGAUUUUUCGCAAGAUUUCCAAGGCCAUGGAAACCAGCUGCGCUAGACCCAGAACAAGGAGGGGAGGAAAAUGGGGGCGUUCCAGGCUUCCCCCCAGGAUCAGAGUGGAUCAAGGUGGCUUGGAGGCCAGACAGCCACAACUUGUAUUUGUGAGAAAGACCUUCCAGAAAGAUGGAAAGAAGAACCAUGAUACCUCUCCUACCUUUAAAAUUUUUAAGUGGCUCUGGUUUAAUCUUACCUGUAUCUUGCUGUAUAUUCUGUCCCAAGGGAGGGUCUAAAUCUGCCAAGAGAUUGAUUUCUCCUAGAGAUUCCCUCUGUACCAUGUAUCCAUGGUCCCCAACCAUCACCCUCAGGGCCUGGGAGCCGCCUGCAGGGGUGGAAGAAGAGCAGAGGGCAGUUACCAACCUCACUGUUCUGAGGGCCAACAAGGAACCAGUUAGGUGGGUGGAGGGGUCCAGGCCUGCCCGUGACCGUGCUGACCUUGCCUCAUGUGGGGAGGCCCCGGGACACAGCUGUUCCAUUCUGUGGUGGGCUCCAUCUCUGAAGCAAUGGCUGCUUUGCUCCUGUUGAUGGUCGGGUCAGCAGAAUGGCCCGUGGGGAGAGGAGGCAUGUGACCCUGAAAGGGCUGGACUGCGCCUAGGCCCUUCUCCCACCCUUGGUCACCGAGCCUCGUCCCAUAUGAUCUCACAGUUUAGCCGGAUCCAGAAACAGAGGAGACUGAGAGUGUUCUGUAUUGAGGCCUCACAGAAGUGAAAGCAGACCCCUGUGCAGUCGGGGUCCAGCCACAGGACAGAAUUAUGUGCUUUGAAGCAGCUCCUCGCUUGAGCCAGGACAGGUGAGCAGCCAUCUAGUGGAGCGGAACAGUGGCCCAUGUCACAACAGUGGGCUGUCUCAAAGUUCCAUUGCCACGAGGGAACCUUCGGCUUCAGAAGGAGGGCUGUUGGCUGAGGAAGCCAGAGAGGAGAAAAGUGUCCAUCGGUUUAGGGUUAGGGAGGCUGAGCCACAGUCAGGAGUCCUUUGGGGACCCCCCCCCCACCCACCCAGCCACCCAGACCAGGCCGACACUCAGCCCUGAGAGGAAUCACUUGGCACAGGAUACCUAACAUAACGGAAGAAUGUACUUUUCAAAAAAUGGCUGAGAAAGUGCAACAGCUGUGUAUAUACCUGAAUGGGCUCUGGGCAUGGACAUACCCUUUGAAGAAGAUGGUGUUCAGGUGGCUGCAUCAGCAGAAGGCUCUUCCUGGUAGAACGGAGGCCAGACCGCUCAGGAACGGGAAUAGGAGCCGCUCACCAGCAGCAUGACUGGGAAAUGGAAGGUCCUAGAAGCCAGACUGUGGGACUCCUCAUUUCCAUAAAUUCAAAUAGAGUCUCCUCUCCAGCCAAACCCUGUUCUUCCCCACAAAGGCCAUUUCCUGUUUCUACCAACUUAACAUCAGAUCUAAUAUCUACAUCCUCUUCUUAAGAAAAACAAAAAAAACCUAGAGGAAAAUACAUGCCUUCUCCACCAGCCCUGUUCUGAGACCCAGGCCAUCUCCCGGUUUCUCUCCUGCCACUGUGCCCACAGGGUGGCUGCGAGGCCACGCUCGCUGGUGCUGCCUUGUUGGGGGCAAGGGCCCGAGGCCUGCUCCCCAUUCUCCCCUGCCCUCUGAGGCCCCCGGGAAAGAAGGAAUAUUAUUUUGGACAAAUAAAAACGUCAACAGACGAGAGCUCUGUGGCUGACUAGUUUUUAGAACAAACCUGCUGCCCACAACGGAAACCUCUGCAGGAAGACAAGCAGUUGGCAGACACUGAAGACCAUCGAAAAUGACGUGAAAUGAACUUCCCUGGCUCCUCUUAGAAGUGUGGGGCCGGCAGUAAGGCAGGUAACGCCUACCCUGUGUGGUGCCCUGUGUACCGAGAAGCUUCCGGCCUCGGGCAGACUCUGAAACAGCCAGGCUAUCUGGCCAGGCCGCCAGAGUAGAAACCAGAGAGAACACUUAAGGAGGAUCCUGCUCAUUGGUAAAUCAUUAAAUCAGAGCUGCUGUAUCUAUUUGUGAUAUUAUGAAAAACACAAGGAACCAAAUGUACUAUGUUUAGGGGGUGGGAGGAGGCCCCAAAAGGAGAGACAUUUAAUCUUCAAACUUCCCUAAAACAAAGGAAAAAACAACACCGCAUCCUCUGUGACUUCAAUUGUUUUUUUAUACAAAGAACAAUUUAAUGGUCGAUGGGAACCAGGCUUAAAGCAGACCUGUUAAGAGCAGGACAGUCUGUAAAAAUGCCAGUUUUUAAGUCCUGACUGGAAAAGAAUGUGGCCUGCACUGGAAAACCCCAUCCUGGGAGGGCAGUGUGGGCCACUGCAGAGUCACAGUAAGAACAAUGCCCAGCGAAGGUGACAGGAAAGUGGGCUGGCCUCUAGGAGAGGUUGCUCUGCAGCUGGUGUUAUUGCUGCGUUAAGUAGUGAGCUGCGAAGCUAAGACAGUUACACAGUGACAGAACCGCCCUCGCCAGAGUGUCCGCCGCACCAGAUCUUUGCAAGGAGAGCUCCCUAACACAAUAAAAUUAUUCCACAGUUUUGUUCUGAAGAACAUUUUGCAUUUUAAUUAAAAAAAUUUUUUUAUGUCAGGAAAGAGUCAUUUACAAACCCGGAAGUGUUUUUUGCCUGGAUCUGGAGUAAGAAUGUCUUAAGAAGAGGUUUGUAAGAUCUUCAUAACAAAGUGUCGUUAUUUACAAAACAGAACAAAAAACCCCAAACCCAAAACAUUAACAGGUCGUGUAGGUAAUAUUUAAAAAUUUUGAACCAAAAACUGCUACCUGUAUUUUUGACCGCAGGGACUCCCUGCCAAGGUAAGUCCACAAAGUCGGCGUGAUUCUUUGAAAAGAAAAGGAAGCCUGGGUGGGUCGAAUGGUCCAGAAGUGGGUUUUCAUCAGGACGUACAACUAGGGAGUGAGUACGUUCUAAUGAAAACGUCAGCCCUCAUUCAGUUGCAUAUAAAAGCCUUCAGAGAGAACACACAGUACAGCAAGGUUUUGU